CUCCUCUCAUAAGACCCUCUCACUCUCUCCCCCUCCUCGACCUCAUCCUGUCUGAUGGGUACGGAUAGAAGCCUCGCAUGGGACUGCGGCAGCUCCCUUUACGACUCCUUCGAGCUCAAGUCCUUCAUACGGCAACUCGACUCGGCCAUCGCCGCCCGGUGCAUGUCCAUGCCGCACCUCUCCGAGACGCCUCCACCGGCACUGGCGCCCCCCAGAAAGAAGCGAUCCAGGUUCUCCAGAUCGGUGCAGAAGCUCCUCCGCUCCGUGCUCCGCAUGAAGUCCAUGUUCGGGGUGCAACUGCAGUCGCACGGGCACCAGGAGCAGGCGCUGCACGCCGCAUACUUGCGGUCUGGCCCACUCGAGUCCAUCCCGGAGGUCUGUGAGAAGGAGACGGCCUCGCCGGAGAUCGAUAGAGUGGUGAGGAAGACCGUGUCGGAGCGGUUCACUGCCUCGACUGUGAAGCCACUGGCACCCAUCUCAUGACGAAGAUUUCGUUCCUUGGGCCUGCUUCUGGUUUCUACUAAUGAUCCCGAGCAGCUACUGGGGUUCCAGUGAGAGGGAAGAAGCCGGGGGUAGUUUGGACAUGGGGAAUUGGACUUGUGGGCGAUAGAUAGAGGUCACGUUAUGUGUGCAGUGUUCUCGUGGGUUGUCUUCUUCUUGAGGUAGAUGAAACAAAGGUGAUGUCUAUUAAAUGUACACAGUAAAGAUUAAAGAAAAGGUGAUUGGAAGAUGAUGUGAUGGCUAAUUUUAUUUUGUUGUGGUCAUAAUACUUUUGUCAUCAGUGCAGUCUCUUCUUCUUUGGAGCAGUAGAAUGAAAUGUUUAUGAUGAUGUUGAUCUUUCCUAAAUUACAUAUUGAUGGGACCUAUUGCACUAA